AAAAACACACUUGUCAAAACACCAGUGACAGAUGAUGGAUCACACAAAGAUGGCCAAUCAGUGGAACUGCAGUUUGCACCUUUAAGACUUGUGAUGACUCAAGGAAAGCAAUACACAAAGCUGAUCACCUUUAAUGGUGACAUCCUUUCAUUUCAGUGCAGAUGCUCUCAUCAAGAUGGGGACAGUCGGAAGAAAUCAGAGCUCACAUGUCUGAGGUUGUCAUUCUCAAAGGAAACAAACUGUUUUACCUCACAGAAUGGUGACGCACCCAUAUACAAGGACAGCUCUGCUGAAGUAGAUGUAGUUUGUUGCUCCUCUGCUUUAGAUGUGAGAAAGAAAAUUGUGGUGCCUUGCAUUUUGCUAAGACUAUGGAAGCGGAAAACAUCUUGUUUCAAGUAUAAACUCAUCUCAUUGACAAGCGCUACCAAAGCAGAGCUCCACGUGGAGUUUAACUCCCAGUAUGAACUGCAAGAUGGUGUCGCAAUAUUCCAGGGGCCCACCGUUCUAUGGACACAUGAGAACAUUGUACAUUAUGCAUCAGCACAGACCAGCAAAGUCAAAAGUAUUGCUGUCCAGAUGUCAGUUGUUUUCUUAGGAGAGUUAUGCAGUAAUGUUAUUGUAUUAGGCUCACAAAUACAUUCAAAGGAAGAAGUGAAUGGUCAAAUCAGUGUUUGUAAAGAUAACAAAAUCAUUGGUUACUCAGUUGAGGAUGGAACGGCGAUCAAUGGAACAUGCAUUAUUCCAAAUGCAUACAGUUCUGUUGUACGGUGUUCUCUGGUGGUUUCUGCAGUGGAGGUCAGAGGGCACAUGCAAGUGAACAUGGUGGUAGCCACAAAUAAAAAACAGUUGGUCUGUUUUGAGAAUGGAAAACUCAAAGAAGUCUGCCAACUGCCAUUCGAAGAACCUGAAUGCAUCAAGAUGGCCACCGUUGGGAACAGUGGGCUAGUGAUCGUUGUCUCUUUCAACCAAGGAAAUGUCUGUGCUGUAUGGAAAGACACAUUUCAGGUUGCGGCCUGCUGGUCUGGCGUGAGUUCGGUGCUCAUCGAUGACUUUGUUGGCUGUGGGACUGACCAGAUCCUCCUGGUGUUUCAUGACCACACCCCCUCUGAGGCCGUAACAAACUUCAUCAUGACAGACCUCUGUGGCACCAUGUACUCUCGUGGCCGUGGCGAGAUCAGUGAGGGAUCUGAAGCUUCAGAUGCCGCUCAAGGAAAUUACCUUUGCACCAUACAGGCAUUAGAAUCCAGACUACAGAGUGGCCUGACCUUGCUCCAAGACCUUCAGAGAGACGUGGACGUCAAAGAGAGGGUGCUUCUGCAGUCCACCGAUGCUCUGGCAGAUUUAGUGUCUGGAAGAGAGCACAUCAUAUCAAAGACAGAACAGGAAGGUUUGGUGUCCCUGUGGGAGGAUGCUGAUGAGGGAGAGGAGGCGCAGCAGGAGGAGAGGAUGCCGCCUGAGUCAGAGCAGCAGCCCUUUCUGGUGGAGAAACUCUGGCAGCGAGUCAUUGAAGACUGCCUGGUUGUAGGAGUGCUCUUAAGAAAAGAAGAUGCCAUAUUGCUUGAGAGCGCCUCCAUCUCUCUACUGCUGGAGACUCCAGCUCAGGGCCAGGCUGCCCCAGUUCUCCAGACACGGAGUCGUGCCCGCUGGGUCCCCGCCGGCGCCCGCCCCUCGUCUCCUCCCGAGCCCGCGGCCAAGAGGAGGAGGCCGGACCAGGCGGAGGGCAUCAGCUGGGACAACGGCAGCGGCGACGGAGACGAAGGCGUACCGAAGCUGGCGCUGACCGCCGUCUGCGCGCUGACCCCUCUGCUGACCUGUGGUGCUGUCAAAUGCCCUGUCGUGCUCCAUUACGUCCUCAAAGAGGUGUCGCCAGCGCGUGUCACCCGGCCCCGGGCUCCGCAGGCGCUCCAGUGCGGACGGAUCUCGCUCAGCAUUCCAGACGUGCUCCAGCCCAGCCUGCUGCGCCCUGCAGCACACAGAGAUGAGUCUAGAGAGGACCUUCUGAGCCUCUUGGCGUUCCUGGACUCGUGGUCCUUCCAGAUCUACUCCCCAGACCACACCCUGUGUGAUGUGAGCCAGUGGUUGCAGGAGGCGUUGGGCUGUGAACAAGUGGAGGGAAGUGCCAACAUGUACUCGCUGUCCAACCCAGCGGGACCAUCUGCUGCUCUGGUCUUCCACUGGCAACAGACGAGCCCCUUCCUGGGAGAUCUGGUCAUCUAUUGCAGAGGCCAGUUUGCUCUGCUCAGAUUCCUGCACUCUCUGUGUGGUUUCCUCCCGGCCUCCUACCACAUCCAGCCCCUGCGGAGGGGCAGAAGAGCCGAGGUGCGGGCUCAGGACGUGGGCUGCUCCCUGGAGAAGGAGGCGCUGGCCCUGAGGGACGGACUGUCCAGCCUCCUCGCCGCCCGCCAGACGAAGGGGAGCAGCGAGGGGCCGGCAGGAGGAGGAGGAGGAGGA